UGCGGCGAAGCCGAGGCCUGAAGUAGCGGAGGGCAACCGGCCCCCUACCCGGCGCAGGGAAGCCCCCUCACCCUCCUCCCUCCGAUGCGAUGAGGCCUGCGUGUUGCCCCGGGAUGUGCCCGGAGCGGGAGUGGUCCGAGCGCCAGAAGCAGGGCCGGCUGCACCGGCUGGAGCUGGCGACGGGCGCAGCGGUGAAGGAGUGGAGGCGGCCGGCGGCAGGCUGCGAGGCGGCGGCGCCGGAGGAGCUGCGGCCGCCCGCCGUGCUGCUGCAGACCAUGCGGCACCUGGUGGAGCGGGUGGUGCCGCGGGCCGAGCCCGGCCACGGCCCCGAGGCCGAGCCCUGGCCCCUGGUCCACGACUUCGUGGUGGACCGGCUCCGCAGCGUCCGCCAGGACUUGGCCGCCCAGCGGCUCGGGGGCCGCCCGGCCGCCGCCAUCCUCGAGCAGAGCCUCCGCUUCUUGCUCGCCGGCCCGUUCUGGCUCGGCCGCCCGCCGCCCUGCGACCCCCGGCCCAGGGAACCCGGCUCCAUUGACGCCCAGGUCCGAGAGUGCUUCAGCCGCCUACUCGCCAUCUACAGCGAGGGGGAGCAUGAGAACCGGGCGGAGUUCCAGGCCCUCGCACUGCUCUACGACUUGGGAUCGGAUGCAGCCUACCAUCGUGCCUUGCAAUUGCCUGCCCACAUCAAAGACUCGCCCGAGAUGAAGAUGGCGUUUACCAUUAACCAGGCUUUGGCUGAGGGGAACUAUGUGCGCUGCCUGCGUGUGGUGCGUCGCCUGCCUUUCCUGGAGAGCUGCGCCGUUUACCGACACAUCCCAAUGCUCCGGCACAGACUGCUCCGUGCAUUUAGCCACGGCUACAGUUGCAGCAACUGCCGCUACCCUCUCCAGACCCUGGCGGAGCUGCUGGCUGUGGACUCUCAGGACAUAGCCACCGACCUUUGCCAGCGACACGGCCAACAGGUGACAGGUAACUCGGUGUGUUUCCAGAAGAGCAGCUACAAGGACCCUGACACCAAUCCCGGGCUCGAAGAGCUGGAACUGGUGAUCAAAAAGCAAGGAGAUAAGACAAGGUCAAACAUCAUCCGAGGCCACAAAAUGACAGCAACUGAGCUUUGAGUAAGCAGAGCUCUUCACCUUUUGAGAAAGCCUUUUGAUCAACCCUGGACACAGAGGGUCAUCCAGAUGGUCUAAUGGCUGUAGGCAUCCAAUCUUUUACUAUGAAGAUCCUACUGGGGGUGGUAACGGAGGAUGUUACAGUCAGGUGAACUUUGCUAAACCUAGACUGACUAGUCCGAGGGUUGCUCUCUCAGCUCUAGGACUGCAUAAAGGAAACUCGCUCUGCAUCUAACUUGUGCUGUUCAUCUGCUGGGUGCAUUAUUGUAGAUGGAACUUUAGUUUCUAUCCAACCCUGAUCAGUAUAUACUAUAUUUGAGAGAUGUUUGAUGGGACAGUGCAGAGCGACCUUUCCUCCGCAUCUAACUCAAGUUGUCCCUUGCUGGAGGUAUUUGACUGCGUAUCUGAAUUGUACCAUACCUGGCCUGGGAGUGUUUGGUGCUGGCUGAAGUAGGAUGUGCUUUUUUUUUUCCGUGCUGUUAUCUCCACCUUGACCAGAUGCCAGGACGUUUGCUUGUUUUUGUGGGAUGUGGGCUCUUAUUGUCCACUAAUUAGCUGGACUCAUUCUCUGAGUGUGCAGCUCCCUUGAGAAGUGAAGCAGAUUGGUUGCCAUGUGUGUACUUCCCUCUAUCUCCAAUCCCACUCUCUAUCUUCCCUCCCACUCUCUAUCUCCCCUCCCACUCUCUAUCUCCCCAUAAUUUACUAUCCCUCUAACAGC